GGGGGCUAAUAUUUCAGCCCUCCCAUGCACUCUCUGCACAUGUGCUGUCAGUCACUCGCCACAUUGCUUUCUUUUCUUUUUUUAGAGCCCAGUCGGGGACUCGUAUACAAGACCUUUCAUUCCACCCUGCUUUUGUUAGAAAGUUUGUGUGCCCCUUGGACAGUUUGGCUUGGAGAAAUCGGAUGGUUUAAGAACAACUCAGGGACACACAGGAGAUGUCGUCCAAGGUGUUGGCGGGGCUCUGUAUACUAGUGGCUGUUGUCUGCCAGGUCUGGAGCACACCUCACAGGAAGCAGGAAGAUCCGAGCAUUGCCGUCCUGCGGCCAUGGCAACAGAGCACAGAGACAGGAGGCCUCAAGAGGGUGAAGAGAGCCUGGGUCAUUCCUCCAAUCAACACUCCAGAGAACAAUAAGCAAAUCCCGAAGCAACUUGUGCAGAUUAAAUCGGAUAAACGGGAGCCAGGGAAGGUGAUCUAUAAACUAGAGGGACCAGGAGUGGACCAGGAUCCAAGGGGGUACUUUGAGAUUAAUGAGAAAACUGGACUUGUCACCCUGAAGACAAUGCUCGACAGAGAAUCCUACAGCAAGUUUAAGCUCAAGGCGUACGCCCUGGAUCUGAGUGGGGAACGGCUGGAGGACCCCACCGAGCUGGAGAUCAUAGUGUUGGAUCAGAACGACAACAGGCCUGUCUUCACACAGCCGGAGUACAUUGGAACUGUCCUGGAAUUCUCCACACCAGGCACGUCUGUCAUGCAAGUGACAGCGACGGACGCGGAUGACCACGAAACCGACAACGCCAUUCUGAGCUACUCCAUCAUCCGCCAAGACAGCAUCCCGCCAUUCCACGUCAACAAGACUAUGUUCGGAAUCGACAACAGUACCGGAGUCAUUUUUACUCGGGACGUGGGGCUGGAUAGUGAGAUCAUGGAGGGAUUCAACUUAACCCUGCAGGUGGCGGACAUGUCUGGAAUGGGCCUGACUGCAUACUCUACGGCCAUCAUAUACAUCAAGGACAUCAACGACAAUGCUCCCAUAUUCACCCCAAAAUCAUACUACUUUGAGGCAGCGGAGAACGAGGCCAAUUUUCUCGUCGGCACAAUCAAUGCGACAGACAUCGACGAAGAGAACACCCCGAACUGGAGAAUAAAGUUCAACAUUAUAGCUGGAGAUCCAGACGGGCACUUUGACGUCCGCACAGACAGUGCCACUAAUCAAGGCAUGGUGUUCGUGGUGAAGCCCCUGGACUAUGAGACAGUGAGAGAAUACCAGCUGACUGUAACCGCGGAGAACGAGGCCCCCCUCAGUUCCAAGGCACCCCAGAUUCCCCUGAGCAGUGCCACUGUAACCAUCACCGUUCUCAACCAGAACGAGGCGCCGGGCUUCCGAAGCAACCCCAUCAAACUCUCUGUGGCAGAGGGGACACCCCAGGGCACAGUGCUAGCCCGUGACAUUGCCUCUGAUCCUGACCGGCAACAGCUGAGGUAUGACAUCGAGUACGACCCCGGCGAGUGGCUUUCUGUGAACAGCGAGACCGGAGAGAUUAGAGCCAACAAGAUGAUCGACAAGAAAUCUCCCUUCCUUGAAGACAAUGUCUACAGGGCCGAAAUCAGAGUGUCAGACACAGGGGAAGACAGGAGCACAGCCACAGCCACUGUGGAAAUCACAGUAAUGGAGACAAAUGACUACCCCCCAGUAAUUUUCCCUCUAAGUGGCUCAGUGUGCAGCGACCCAGAAAAAGGUUCUGGCUUGAUUCUGAGUGCUGUGGAUAUGGACCAAUCUCCUCAUGGACCCCCUUUCUAUUUCAAUCUGUUCAUUAACACUGUCACUGUCAACUGGACUCUGGUCACGCUCAACGGCACCCAUGUGGCACUUCGGCUGUUGCGAGAGCUGGAGGCAGGCCCGUAUCCCAUCUCUGUGAGAGUGUCCGACUCAGGCCAGCCCACCCUUUCCGCGCUGUACACCGUCAAUGUGUCCGUGUGCCAGUGCGACGAGGCUGGGGACUGCAGGGCCCUGCUAGGUGCCCUCUUCGCUGGUCGCACGGGCCUGAGCCUGGCAGCCGUGCUGAUCAUCCUGGGCAGCGUCGCCCUCUUGCUCCUGUCCUUGCUGAUCGUGGCCGCCGUGGGACAGUGCCGGCGGCAGCCCUUGAAACAGGGGCUGCUGGGAGGGUCAGACGAUGACAUCCGCGACAACGUGCUGAAUUACGACGAGCAGGGGGGUGGAGAGGAGGACGAGAAUGCCUACAAUAUAGACCAGCUGAGAAACCCCGAUGAGGUGGUCCCGCCUCUAGCCUCCGCCCUGCCCAGACCCAAGCAGCCACUCAGGAAAGACGCUCCUUACAACUACCCUUCCCCCUCGUAUCCACGGAAACCCCCAACAGACCCUACCGACAUCGAAGAUUUCAUCAACGAUACCUCAAACCCUUUCCAGGGCCUGGAUGCUGCCGACAAUGACCCCAAUGUGCCCCCCUAUGACACGGCCCUCAUCUACGACUAUGAGGGCGAAGGCUCGCUGGCUGGGAGCCUGAGCUCUAUCGCCUCGGGCAGCUCAGACGGGGACCAGGACUAUGACUACCUCAACGACUGGGGGCCACGCUUCAAGAAACUGGCCAAUCUGUACGACCAGCACUGAUGGCCACACCCACUGACUCCGCCUCUCCUCCUGAAAGCAUCAUCCACGUUUCUUACUGAAAACCAUGGAUCCGUUGUUUCCUUCCAGAUCUUCCAACCUCUAAUGGGACUAUCAUUGCAAUGCAGACACACACGGGUAUUUGAUGAAAAAUAUUUUCUUAGGAGUUCAGAAGUGCCAAGCUGCUGUGAAAAAAAGUUUCCACCUGUGAUUGGCAUACAACACUUUGGUUAUGAAGUCUCACAGCCCACUUAACAACUAAGACAUGGCUGAGAGAAACAGACGGGCUGUGUCUCUGUGUGUUCUUUUCUCUUUCUGGAGAUGACUACAAGAGGGCUGAAGACAGGAAUCCCCUUCCAGUACAGGAGAUGUCAAGAUAGGUGAGGGGCAGGUGUCUCUUCUCUUUAUGAACAGGCUGUGAGGGGGUUGAAGAUGGGACACCUCUACUAGUAGAGGUGGCAUCAGUACAGGUGAAGAGCAGGUGUCUCUUCUCUUCUCUUUCUGGACAGGCUAUGAGGGGGUUAAAGAUGGGACACCUCUGCCAGUACAGGUGGUUACAGGACAGGUGAGGGGGAGGUGUCUCUACGUUUCUCUUUCUGGACAGGCUGUGAGGGGUUGAAGAUGCAUCAGGACAGGGGAGGGAUGUGUGUCUAUGCAGACUGCAAGGCAGGUAGAUGACUGGCAGAAGGUAUGACAGGUGAAUUUCUUGAAGAUAGGUAUUUUCCUGAAGGUAUGCAAAGAAGAUUUUCUUAAUGCUAGGAAAUAAGAGGGGUAUUAAAGUCAAUCCAAGGUAAAUGGACCUUCUCUUUUAAUAUUGGUCAUUCUUAACUGCAAAGUAUACUAUAAAGGCAAAGGAAAAGGCAAUUGCUGGACUAACAGCUGAUUUUACUAGAAGGAGAUUGAACAAUAGUGGACUACAAGAUCCUGUUCAUUUCAUCACUAAAGAUUCAAGUAGAUUUGGGAGCAGCAGCUAUCUUUAGAAAAGGAUAAGUCAUUUUGGUUUUAAAUGAAUGUGAUUGUAAUGAUUUAGUAAUAUAAGCCCCCGUGGGAGGUAAGGGCUAAGGUAAGGCAGAAAGAUAAUAUUGUAUUAUUGUAAUAUUGUUCUUUUGUAAUUUUCAGUCCACGUAACCUGUCGAAAAAUGCUUUGAAAGCCAAAUAUUAGACUGUAAAUCUUAAUUCAAUGAUGCUGGGAUUUAAAUAAGAAAAAAUGCCUUUUUAUACUUAUGUUAUGACACAUUAAGUAAGAUAAAUAUACAGUAACUUACUAAUAAUGAAACAGAGGAGAAACAUUUGAGAGAAUCUCCUCUAAGUUUGCAUUGAGGAUAUCAAUACAAUAUCUUAUCUGAAGCCAUAUCCUACUGUGAAAAACUCAGGCAUUGCUUCUAUUUUUGCAGCAUUAUCCUAUUCUUCUUACAAGUCAUAUUUUUGUAUCAGAUAAAACCAUUGGGAUUGUAUUGAAUUGUUUUCAUAUUUUUAAAAAAUAAAGACUGAAAUUGUGUCAUACUGGCAAAUGUAAACUGUUAAUCUUGUCAGCAAUAAGCACAACUUUUACAGCCUAGACAGGAAAAGUGUUUGUGCAUUCUUUUUUUUAUGGUUGCAGUUCAGGCUGUCCUUAAUUUGGAAUAUCAGUCCUUCUUCACCGAUGGUGUUUGAAGAACUGAAUAUUGUUAUAGCAGCAAGACUUACGCAAUUCAGAAUUGAGUUUUAUUGUUUGAUUUUGUUUCAAGUUUUUUUUUUUUACAGCAUAUAUGGCUGUGUAAGGAAUUGUCAUGAUACAAAAAGGUAAUGCAAAACAACCUGUAAUAGUUAUCAUUUCUGAUCUUUAAAUUUUGUUUCAUACAAUUAAAACUUUUUUUCUGAGAA